AUGACUGCUGACAAGAAAGUUAAAGUAAAGAAACCCAAGGUGAAGAAAACACCAAUCCAAAGCGUACAAGUUUUUGGUCGUAAGAAAACUGCCACAGCUGUAGCUUACUGCAAAAGUGGUACUGGUAACAUCAGAGUGAAUGGCCGUCCAUUAGAUAUGGUUGAACCCAGAGUUCUUCAAUACAAAAUUCAAGAACCCAUUUUGCUAUUGGGAAAAGAUCGUUUUAAUGAAGUUGAUAUGAGAGUGCGUGUUAACGGUGGUGGACAUGUUGCUCAAAUUUAUGCUAUCAGACAAGCUAUUUCCAAGGCUUUAGUUUCAUACUAUCAAAAAUAUGUUGAUGAAGCCAGCAAGAAAGAAAUCAAAGAUAUCUUAAUUCAGUAUGAUAGAACAUUAUUGGUUGCCGAUCCGAGACGUUGUGAACCAAAGAAAUUCGGAGGUCCAGGAGCUCGUGCCAGAUACCAAAAAUCAUACCGUUAA